AACGUGCCAUGUCACCAAAAAUGGCAAAAAUAAAGCACUUAUUCCGGUGACCGAGCGAGCGAACCGGAGAAGAGGCAAUUCUUGCCGCCGUCGACGGCGAAGAGGAGAAAGGGGAAGCGAUUUCGCCGCCGUAGCCGGCGAAUGCGCCGGCAUCGAUCGACCCCUGCUUCUUAGAUAGUCUGACAUCAUGCAAGGCCCUAGCAAAAUGAUCUGUGCCUCUGCCUCCAGUAUGCCCCCUGCUGUGUAUGGACUUGAAGGGUGGGCAGAUCUCCCAGAAGGUCUGCUCCAUUCUAUCAUUCCUCUGUUGAGCUCCUUCCUUGAGCUCCACGCUUUUGCUGGCACCUGCCGCUCUUGGCGUGCUGCUUUCGCCUCAUACCCAUCUAAAUCCACAUUCUGCACCUUGCUCCCACCUCUCCUCAUCCUGCCCCAUAUCAAAGUCUCUGCUCCUAAUCUUCCUUCUAGAAGCGAUGAUGGUCACGAGCUCCGCACGUGCCAGGUCCUUGAUCCAUCCAACUUGAAAAGUACCCUUCGCUGCCAGAUUCCUGAAGAGACAUUUCAGAAGUUGCACUUUGCCGGCUCUUCCUAUGGGCAGCUGAUUUGUGGCCGCGGCAGAAAUUGUGUUAUCGUGGAUGUGUUCACUGGUGCCAAAGUUUUACCUCCACAACUCCCAUUUGGCGACAACACUUAUUUCUACUCUGGCAUGCUGACAGCUCCUGUCGCAUCACCAAACUCACACCUCCUACUUUGCGCAUCAUCGAAACAGGGAGGUCAGUGCUUCCUGCUUGAUUGGCUGAUUGGAAGUGAUUCUUGGUCAAAACUUCAGCUCGAUGAUUCACGGAUUGAGCAGAUUGUGGAGUUCAAUGGCCAGUUCAUCGCGAUGGACUACUACUACAAGCUCUACAAUCUGUCCUUGGCCCCUCAGCUUGGUCUACAGAAGAUAGCAACUGUGUGGUGGGAUGGCAAUGAUGAAUGCUGCCCAUAUCUAAGGCCAUGGAUCGUGGUGUGUGGUGACAUGCUCCUGAUGGUUGACCAUUGCAUAACCCUUUCGUUAGCUGGAGCACCUGUCGAGUACAAAGCCUAUCGCCUUGACAUGUCAACUGUGCCUGCAGCUUGGGUGGAGGUGAAGAAGCUAGAGAAUUACUCGCUUUUUAUUGGGUGUGAUGUGAGGAGCCCUGCAUUUUCUUGCGCCAGCUUAGGACGAUGGAGCGGGAGGAGCAACUGCUUGUACUACGGGUAUUAUGAUCCACCCUUGGUGUUGCAUGGGCUUGGAGAUGAUGCGGAUGCUGUGUGGAAUCCAGACAACGAUGAUUACCUUGAGUUCAAGAGGAACUGGUACACCCAACUGCAGGUUUUCUGGGUGUACCCAAGUUUGCUCUAUCGCUGAUGGCAAGUGAUCGAUGAACUCCAUCUGCUUGUGCUGAAACUUCGCCUUGAAUUUCCUUAGAGAACAGAAGCUUUAAUUUGCAAUGAAUAAUGUAUGGGAGAUGAGAGUUCUUAGACUUGCAGUUUCCAUUCAGUUAUCAGCUGUGCUCCGUUGCUACUUCUAAUCUUUUGCGCUACUUAUGACUUAGGAACUUGUUAGCUAUUCUGGGAAGCCUGGAAGGCUGGAUACUGUUAUUUUAAAGAGUAGUAGAGAAACGUUUCUAAUA